GCCUUACUGGAUUCAUGACAGAAAAAUGCCCAAAUUUCGUGAGCGUCCAGCCCAAGCACACUGCCACCUUGCCAGUCGUGUAUCUUGUGACGUCAGCAGUCUAAUAGCUAACAGAUACAUCAUCAAGCAAAGACUUGGCAGGGGGAGCUUUGGCACUGUUUACCUUGUUAAAGACACAAAGACAACAGGAACAGAUAAACUCAAGGUACUGAAAGAGAUACCUGUUGGAGAUCUGAAACCCAAUGAGACUGUCCAGGCCACUCAAGAGGCUCAGCUUCUCUCUCAGCUGACUCAUCCUGCCAUCCUGAAGUUCCACACCAGCUUUCUGGAGAGAGACGCCUUUUGCAUUAUCACUGAGUAUUGUGAGGAUAGAGAUUUGGACUGUAAGUUGGAAGAGUUAAAACACACUGGCAGAACCUUAUCUGAGCCUCAGGUCUGUGAAUGGUUCUGUCAAAUGCUGCUGGGAGUACAUUACAUACAUCAGAGGAGAAUACUUCAUAGAGAUCUGAAGGCCAAAAAUAUAUUUCUAAAGAAGAACAUUGUUAAGAUAGGUGACUUUGGCGUUUCAUGUCUGCUGAUGGGGUCAUGUGACCUGGCGACUACCUUCACAGGUACACCAUACUACAUGAGCCCUGAAGCCCUCAGCCACAAAGGAUACAACUCCAAAUCGGACAUCUGGUCUUUGGGUUGCAUCCUCUAUGAGAUGUGCUGUUUGGCACAUGCUUUUGAGGCCCAGAACUUCUUGGCUGUGGUGUUGAAGAUCGUGGAGGGACCCACUCCAUCCCUGCCAGAAACAUACUCAGAACAGCUUAACUCCCUAAUGCAAAGCAUGUUAGAAAAGGAUCCUUCACGCAGGAUCUCGGCUGCAAACGCUUUGAAAAGCGGGUUCAUAGAAGAGAGCUUGAAGACCAUGAAACACAAAUUUUCUAGCUUGACACUCCAAGAGGGUUUGACGGGGGAAGAGAGAGACGCAUCGGAGAUCCUGAGAGCUCUGCAGAAGAAGGAACACCUGCAAACACUGCGGGAAAGAUCAGACUUGCAGAAAAUGAGCCCAAGAGAACGCAUGCGACUGCGCAAACUCCAAGCAGCAGAUGAGAAAGGAAAAAAGCUGAAGCAAAUUGUGGAAGAAAAGUAUCAAGAAAAUCGGCUUCGCAUGCAAGAAUACAAGUCAAAAAAUUUCCAGAGAGUCAGUGUGGACAUUUUAGAGGUGAAAACAGAGGGCACAGUCAGCCAAACUGAAACCAUUCGGAGUGGGUCACCAAAUAAAAACAAUGAGCUAAUGGGAAAUCUUUCAGAGGUCCCUGAUAUGAUAAGCAUAUCUGAUGUGAAAGAUCAUGCGAUCCCAGAAGAUCCUCAGGCAGCGGAGGCAUUUUACUCUGUGGAUGAUUUUGAGUCUUGCUCGGAGGAAGAUUCAGAUGGAGACGGAGUCUCAGAGGAAGACCUCUCUACAGACGCUACCUGUCAGACAUGUCGACAGGACAGUGACCUGGGGGCUAUGAUCAGGCACAUGGAAAAUGUUCUGCAUGGUGACCCCUAUGGAUCUGAUGCUGAGGAUCUGAAGCCUCUUCCUGGCUCUCUAGGAACAAGCAGCAUCAAUACCAGCAUGGCUGAGAGCAGAAUCCAAAGAAUGAGAGAGUCACUGCAUCAAAGGCUGGGAGAGGAGGCGUUUCUGAAGAUCUAUGACUACCUGAAACAGGCCAGAGAGAGACAGGAAAGCGAGGAGAACAUCAGACAGGCUUUGAGCAAGCUGGUGGAGAGAUCCAGUGAUUGCUUUGAAGUAGAUCAACUUCUUUAUUAUGAAGAGCUGUUACAUACAACACAGGAGAAUACUGUAAGAUAGCAAUGAACACACAC